ACAACAGAACACAAUAGACCAUUGUACUUUCCUGUAGCAGUGCAUUUGUUGUGGUUCGGUUUCACAGAAGAAUUGGGUGCACGCCAUGGCCGACAAACACAACCUCAAGAAUCCAGCCGUCAAACGGAUUCUCCAAGAGUUGAAAGAGAUGCAAUCAAACCCUUCCGAUGACUACAUCAGUCUCCCUCUCGAGGAAAAUAUAUUUGAAUGGCAAUUUGCGAUUAGGGGACCUCGUGACACUGAAUUUGAGGGUGGUAUUUAUCAUGGACGAAUUCAGUUGCCUUCAGAAUAUCCCUUCAAACCUCCUUCAUUCAUGCUGCUGACGCCUAGUGGCCGUUUUGAGACCCAAACCAAGAUUUGCUUGAGCAUUUCAAAUCAUCACCCUGAGCAUUGGCAACCAUCAUGGAGUGUGAGGACUGCUCUAGUUGCGCUGAUUGCAUUCAUGCCCUCCAACCCAAAUGGCGCGCUGGGCUCGUUAAGCUACAAGAAAGAAGACAGGCGUGCCCUAGCCAUUAAAUCCCGUGAAGCACCUCCAAAAUUUGGGACUCCUGAACGUCAAAAACUUAUUGAUGAGAUACACGAGUAUAUGCUAAGCAAAUCAUCCCCUGUUCCAGAAGGUGGUCUCUCACAAGUUUCUGAGGGACAAUCCAUAACAGAGGAGGCUGAGACCCUGGUGAAUUUGCAAAAUCCUGAGCCUUUACCUGCAGGAGAGGGGAUUCCAGAUAUAGCAGGUGACAGAAUAAUUGAAGAACAAGAGCAUCCUGCCAAUGCUAAUCCUGACCUUGCAGGAGCUGAAGUUUCAAUGGAGAACACAUCUAGUGUCCCAAGAAGCCAGUUGAUCCAAAAGUCAGAUGCAAUGGUUCAAAAUAUGAAACCAGAGACAAGGGCUCCAAAACCAGACGACCGAUUGUUCACGCUGGCAGCUAUUGGACUUACUAUAGCAAUUGUGGUUCUUUUACUGAAGAAGUUCGUUAAAUCUACAGGACAUGGUGCUGUUUUCAUGGAUGAAUCUUAGAUGAAUUCUUGCUCAUGUUGGCUUAAAGAUCAAGAUUCUUGGCCCGACGGUAGUUUACAGCGAAGUGUAGCAUUUAUUUACUGAAAUGAUAUUUUAUGAUCUUUCAUGUGUACGUAUCUCUUGUAACAGUUGUAAUAUAAAUAUAAGUAUAUACUACAGCUUUGAGUU